GCUAAAGUCCGCUUAACCAAUGAAAAUUGAGAAAACCUUGCAGUGCGGCCCUGACUCUUGGAAGAAUGGCUUCCGCCACAAAGGAAGUGGUGUUACCAUUAGAUUCUGAGGCCAAAGUCAUCCACUGGAAAGUUAAAGAGGGCACUAAAAUUUCUCAUGGAAGUGUUCUAUGUAUACUUCGACAAGAUGGAUCGAAAGCCGACCUGAAAUUAAAAUCAGAAGAGGUGGGCACCGUAUCAAAGUUGGUCGUCCCUGAAGGGACCAACGUGCAACCGAGAUCACCCCUGUUAGAGAUGAUGACAGGCUGUACCCACUCUGUGGUGAUGAAGGACAUGUGUGCUGAGUGUGGAGCAGAUCUCAGAGAAUUUCCUGGUGUUCCAGGAGAGAGAAAAGUGCAAGCACUUGCAUCUGUAGCCAUGGUUCACAGCAUCCCUGAGCUGGUGGUUAGCCAAGAGGAAGCAAUGGAAUUGGGCAAGGAAGAUGAAGGGAUGCUUCUUAAAAGUAAGAAGCUGGUCUUGCUGGUAGAUCUAGAUCAGACACUGAUUCAUACAACAAAUGAAGAAAUUCCAGCCAAUUUAAAGGGUGUGUACCACUUCCAGUUGCGCCAUGGAGGGGUCCAGCUCUGGUAUCACACCAAAUUCCGCCCGAGAACCCAGGAAUUCCUGGAGAGCAUCUCGAAGUUGUAUGAGCUCCAUAUCUGUACCUUUGGUGCCCGGAUGUAUGCCCACACCAUUGCAGGGCUCUUGGACCCCGAGGGAAAGUUUUUCUCCCACAGGAUUCUGUCUCGAGAUGAGUGUUUCAACCCCACAACUAAGACUGCUAACAUGAAGUCAUUAUUUCCGUGCGGUGACAGCAUGGUUUGUAUCAUAGAUGACAGAGAAGAUGUGUGGUGUUAUGCCCCAAACCUGAUCCACGUCAAACCAUACCGCUUCUUCAAGGGUACAGGAGAUAUCAACGCUCCCCCAGGGUCACAGUCAGACAGGGAGGCUGCGUCAGCUGCCAAGGAAAAGGACAAGGUCAAGGACACAGAAGAUGACACAGAGGUCAAACCUUCCCAGGAAUCACGGGACCCUCGCUUGAGAUCAAGGAAAAAUUCUGAUGAUUCCUCUGCAAUGGAAGUAUCUGAUAAUUUGAAAAAUGACACUGAUAAUAAAGUAGAACGUUCAAAUAGAAAGGAUUCAGAACAAUCAGAGGAGGUGCAAGCAGAGGGGGAAUUGAGAGGAAAAAGUGACAUUGGAGAGAUGAAGGCAUCUGAGUCAAUACAAACACCAGAAACAAUGACUGAUGAAAGUAACGAUAAGUCUUCUGAUACAAAAGAAGAGGAGGUAGUGUGGGAAGACGAAGAUGACAACAGUGAUGUAAAAUAUUUAAACUCUUUGGAAAACAUACUGACACGAAUACACACAAAGUUUUAUGAGGCUCUGGAAAAUGCAAAGAACACCACCCAAAAAGAGCCCCCCAAUUUAAAAGACAUAAUUCCAUCGGAAAAAAGAACAGUCUUGCAAGGAGUGAAUCUGGUAUUUAGUGGUGUCUUUCCUACGAACAUUCCACUAGAAAAAAGUAGGGCGUACAUUGUUGCAAGGUCUUUAGGGGCCACCGUACACACAAAGAUAGUCAAAGAAACUGGGCCAGAUGAUAAAAAUGGGACCACCCACGUUGUUGCCGCUAGAUUAGGGACCAGUAAGGUCAACGAGGCCAAGAGGUUAUCCAGGGUACAGGUCGUCAAUCCCGAUUGGUUGUGGGCGGCUAAUGAAACGUGGGAAAAACCAGACGAGAGCUUGUAUCCGCUCAAUGAGGAGACGUCGGAGAAAUACUCCACACCUUCAAACCCUGACAUUGCUCCUUCUCAGAAAGUACGACAGCACGCCAAUGCAGAGAAAGGAUGGAAACGCAAGAGCGAAGAUGACGACAGCUUGGGGGCUCGGUCAGAGUCUGGAGCAGCAAAUUCCAAGCCCCCAAAACGCCAGAAAUCUGACUCUAGAAAUGAAGGAGCCGGUAUUGACGCCAAUGACGUCGUCGACGACGACGAUGAUGAUGAUGAAACUGUGCUGCUGGACGCGGAUGAAGAUAUGGAGCCACUGAAACCGGCCAGAAGAGGACGCCAGUUUUCAGACGAUAUAAACCCUCUCAUGACAUUCUCCAAGGAGGACUGGGAUAACAUGGGCAAGGAGGUAGACGAGGAGGCCUUCGAGGACUCCGACCUUGAGAGCAGCGAUGAUGACGACGAAACUAGGGAACAAAAGCUACGUCAAAGAGUCCUCAGCAAUGAAGAGAGUGGGGAGGAAACGGAGGAUAGUCUAAGUGGAGAUAUCCCCGCUGGAUGGAAAAACAAAGUGAAAAAAAUGAAAUCUAGAAAAACUGCAAGUCAUGUCGGCCAUAACAGGGGUGGUGACAAUGAGAAUGAUUCUGAUGACGAUGGGUACAAAGAUGAAGAUGACGAGAGAAAUGAUACUGAGGAUACUAUAAGUAGACUGCAGAAAUCGUUCGGGUGUCGGGAAAGCGAGGAUGAAUUUGAAGAUGACGAGGAUGACAAAGAUUUUGAUUCUAUAGGUUCAGUAGAUGAAGAAAUGGCUGCUGCAAUUGAAAAAGAAUUCAUGGUGUAAAUUUUCUAUGGCAUAAUGAGAGUAUCAUGACUUGAUCAAAUCUUGUUCCAACUUUUUUUGUUUUUCGGAUAUUUGCCAUUUAUAUAUUCUAGAACGUUGAUGUGAUGUAAAUAGUCUGAUUGUUGAGGUGGUGCAGAAUCUCCAUAUUGUAUAAAAUUUAUUGUAUAUAAUUUUAUAUAAUUUUAGAGACUAUCACAUUGGUUCAUAUUAGAGAAUUUGGUAUGGUCCCUCUGUAUCUGCUCGUCUCUCUUAAUAAUUGGAUACGUAAGUGCAUGUUUUUGUACGUGAUUGGCAAAUAUGUUGCUCUUCGCAAGUUGUACAUAAAAUAGUUUUGAA